GAUUAUUUGCGGUGCAAACACGAGUCUCUUUUGACCCUUGUCUGCUCCCAUCAUAUACAUUCACUGUUUUUUCUACACACGGUCCCGUCUUUCCCGCUUUAUUCUUUUUUUUCCUGGUUAAGAUGAAGCGCUUCUUCAACUCCUUUUACGGUCGCACCGGUAUGAUCCCCGAUGCCGGGCAACGGAGUGUGGCCAGUCGGGUCUCGGCACUGGUGCUGGAAGGCAUCGUCGUCUUCACCGCACUCGGUACCUUAGGCGUCGACACCUCUCCCCUGGUUGCAGCGGCGGGCAUCACCGGCGCGACGAUCGGCUUUGCGUGCAAAGACUUUGGUGCGAACUUUGUCGCCAGCAUCGCGCUCUCCGGACAGCAGGCGCUGCGCACCGGCAAUAAGGUGAGCAUCGGCGUGGGCAGCAGCACGGUGACCGGCACCGUCGUCGACUGGGACACGCGGUACUUGUACCUGCGCAACGACGAGCAGGCGGUGGUGUGCGUGCCCAACAACGUCAUUCUGAACUCGGUCGUGGUGUGGAAGGAUGUGCAACCGAGCGCGAAGAUUACAAACAGCGAGGCGUCGCUGAUGAAAGACAACAAGGAAUGGAAGGCGGCCGCCAGCGGUGCGGACUCAACGAAAAAGUAG